AUACAAGUCCUUUUUGUAUAUGACGCCGUUGCGCUGUGGGUAUUCGACGUGUUUGUUUGCCUGGUGACUGAUGGUGGCCGGGAUGGGCUGUUUCUCCUCCCGCCUCAGCUGCUCCUGCUAAUAAAUCAUUCUACGUUCCGAGAUACCCAAGUAGGCGACGCUUCUAUGCCUGCUAAAGGGGUUGCCGGGAUUUUCAGAAGAACAGUCACUCUUCAUAGAUCAGUCAUUACUGAAGCGUCGAAAUUUUGUGUAUAGCUCAUUGAAGUGCCUAUUUUUUUCUAAAAUUUUUAACAAGCCAUUCGUUUGCACCUUUGUACGAUUAUGGCGCUUACGCUUCCCCCAGAGGACGCACACUGGUCGCUUCGGUUCGAGGACAUUGGGAAGUCCUAUCCGAACCAGACGACGGCCAAUGCCACCUACAAGGUCAUCAGCUUCCUGUACCCUCCAUUCGCCCAGGAAGCGCUCAAAAUCACCCACAAGGUCAGCAGCCCGGAGCUGUGCCCCUCUUUCGUGGGUGCCUGCCUGGCCGUCCUGUUUCUCACAUCUGCGAGCCUUGUUGGGUACAUGCAUAUGAAAAAGCCGAAGCCCGUGGUCAAGAAACCGUCGGAAGCACUCGUGCAGCUGGAGCGUCGGAUGGAGAUGAAGUACGGCUCCCAGUACAAGCAGGGCAUCUGGGAGCGGCAGGACAUACCCGAUCCCAUUCUGCCCAAGAAGCGUUCGGUGGGGCUCCUGCAUGACAGCAACGCCCAGCUGGUGCAGGAGCCGCUUAACGACUUUGUGGAGGCGCACUGGAUGCCCGCUUCUGUCACCAACCUGCUGGAGGACGAGCGCCCGAGGAGCCCAAGCAAUCGGGCUGUGAAGUCCAACAAGGGAGUCAAGAAGCGGGUGUUCGAGCCCAAAUGCGGGAUGCACUACGGUGAUGGAUACCCGGUGAAUCUGGUCAAGCGGAUCCAGCUCAGUGACACAGAAGAUUCGUCUGAUGAUCGUCAACAAGGCAGAAAUUAGGAGUCUACGAUCACCGCUCUGUAGAGAGUUUCUUGGCCUUUUGAUUGAGAGAUAAGAAGAGCCCCGGAAAACAGAUAUUGCCAAAACGCAAUGUUUUUUCACUUCCUCAAUUUGGACUAAUAAUUUUGUCCCAUUCUGGCUUCCAACUGUCAGCUUUCGGCUUUCUCUGCGGGCACAAUAAAGAGAAGUGAUUCCCA